AUGAACUCCCCUCUUGGAUCACCGAGGCUCAUGUCCUCUGCCAGCCCUUUCCGCAACAAGGUGCCUACACAGAUGAGACGGUGCCUCCCUCUCUACCUCGCCAUCGUCUUCGUCUUUCUUGUCAUUCUCAAUUUUGACUGGGUCCUGGCGAUACCUAAUCCCGCUUCAGUCCUCCGCCGACAACCAAAGCCGCCUCCUGUGCCAGGCAGCACAUUUCCGCAAAAGAUUUGGCAAACAUGGAAAGUCGAUCCUCUCAACUUCGAAGAGCGUGAUCUGUUGACGGCGCGGACGUGGACUGAGAAAAACCCGGGCAUGCGCUACGAAGUCGUUACCGAUGCCAACGAGAUGGCAUAUAUCGAGGACCGGUAUGGUCCAAAUGGUUACGACCGCCCGGAUAUUGUCGAGUUCUAUCAAAUGAUCAAAUUACCCAUCAUCAAAGCCGACCUUUUGCGGUAUAUGAUCAUGUACGCCGAGGGCGGCAUUUACGCAGACAUUGAUGUCGAAACCAUGAAGCCUUUUCAUCGGUUUAUACCAGAGCGCUACAACGAAAAGGACAUUGACUUGAUUGUCGGUGUUGAGAUUGACCAGCCCGAUUUCAAAGAUCACCCCAUCUUGGGGAAAAAGUCCAUGUCCUUUUGCCAGUGGACAUUUGCGGCGCGCCCCGAACAGCCCGUCAUGAUGCGUCUGAUUGAAAACAUCAUGAAGUGGUUCAAGGGUGUCGCCAGAGACCAAGGCGUGCCGCUGAGCGAAGUGCAGCUUGACUUUGAUCAAGUCAUCAGCGGCACGGGCCCUUCUGCUUUUACCAAAGCCAUUCUCGAGGAGAUGAACCGCAAGUCCAAGGGGCCCAAGGUCACUUGGGACAAGUUCCACAACAUGGACGAGUCCAAACUCGUGGGCGGCGUCCUUGUCCUCACCGUCGAGGCUUUUUGCGCCGGACAAGGACAUUCGGAUUCCGGCAACCACAACGCUCGAAACGCCCUCGUCAAGCAUCACUUCCACGCGUCCAACUGGCCUAGCCGCCAUCCUCGAUACAAACACCCUGCCUAUGGCCAGGUCGAAGACUGCAACUGGGUGCCCGAGUGUGUCCGGAAAUGGGACGAAGAUACCGGCAACUGGGAUAAAUAUUCUGAGAAUGAGCAGAAGAAGAUUGUCCAAGACAUAGAGGAUGCGCGAGCGGAACGAGAGCGGCAGCAACAGGCUUUGGCUGCUCUCCCCUAG